AUCAUGGCUCAGCCCUAGUUCCUUCCGCCUUCCUCGCGUACGCACGCGCAUGCACCAGACCCAUAGACACAAUACGAUGUUAUACAUACCCGAUUCCAAUCAAUCACUCGCUCACACCGGCCUGAUAACUCCAGCUUCAGCUACCAAGAGCAGCCAACCGCUCAAUUCCUUUUUCCGAAAAUAGCAGAGAAGGAAGUUUACGACUCCCUCCAGAUCUCUGCCUCUCAUUGAUUUCGCUUUCUCAUUAUUAAUCUGUUUACGAUCCCGUAAUUUGCUAUGAUUCUUACAGCCUUUUAAUUGCUGUAUCCUCAUUGGUCGGUUUGAAAAUGAUUCAUGAGGUUUAUAUCUGUUCUAACGGCCCGUAUCUCCAACAAAAGCUGGAAGCCCGGGUUUGAUUUCGAUAAGGAUAUUUAGAGAAUUUUAGUGCCUUUUUGUUUCCGUUUUAGUUUUUAUUUAACAAAAAAGGAAAAAUGAGGGUUUCGAAGUCUCAGGUAUGGCAACCCUGCAAGAAGAAGAGGUCUUGAUCCUUGAGCUCUAGAGAGAGCGGAAAUCUGACUCUAGAGAGGGAGAGAUAUUGAGAGUGGAAGGAUCUUGGAGAGAGACAAACAAAAAGAGAGAAACAAGUUUGUGAAGGAGUCCGAUUCUGGAGUGGAGGAAUUGCGCUGUGGGGGAGGUCCCAGAGGGAGAAUAUGGCGUCUCGGUCGAGCAAUAGCAACAGGACGCGCGUGGGGAAGUACGAACUGGGUCGGACGUUGGGUGAAGGCAAUUUCGCCAAGGUUAAGUUCGCUCGGAAUGUCGUUUCCGGCGAGAAUGUGGCCAUCAAGAUUCUCGAUAAAGAAAAGGUUCUCAAGCACAAGAUGAUCGGCCAGAUUAAACGUGAAAUUUCAACAAUGAAAUUGAUUAGACACCCAAAUGUUAUCCGUAUGUAUGAGGUGAUGGCUAGCAAGAUGAAGAUAUACAUUGUUUUGGAAUUUGUGACUGGUGGGGAGCUGUUCGACAAAAUUGCAAGUAAGGGGAGGUUGAAGGAAGAUGAAGCUAGAAAGUAUUUUCAGCAACUUAUUAAUGCUGUGGAUUACUGUCAUAGCAGAGGUGUCUUUCAUAGAGACCUAAAGCCAGAGAACUUACUGCUUGAUGCUAAUGGUGUUCUCAAAGUUUCAGAUUUUGGAUUGAGUGCUCUACCACAACAAGUUCGAGAAGAUGGGUUACUUCAUACAACAUGUGGUACGCCAAAUUAUGUUGCUCCAGAGGUGAUCAACAAUAAAGGAUAUGAUGGAGCAAAGGCAGAUCUGUGGUCAUGUGGUGUGAUUCUUUUUGUCUUAAUGGCUGGAUAUUUACCUUUUGAAGAAUCCAACCUCAUGGCAUUAUAUAAAAAGAUAUUCAAGGCCGACUUCACAUGCCCUCCAUGGUUCUCCUCAAGUGCAAAGAAACUGAUCAAAAGAGUCCUGGACCCUAAUCCCUCAACACGAAUUACAAUUGCUGAGGUCAUUGAGAAUGAGUGGUUUAAGAAAGGAUACAAGCCACCUAGUUUUGAGCAAGCUGAUGUUAGUCUCGCCGAUGUGGAUGGUAUUUUCAACGAAAUUGGGGAUUCUGGAGAGCUUAUUGUGGAGAGGCGGGAAGAAGGGCAGCCUGUGGCUCCUGUCACCAUGAAUGCAUUUGAGCUCAUCUCUACAUCUCAGGGCCUCAACCUCAGCACUCUCUUUGAAAAGCAAAUGGGACUUAUUAAAAGGGAAACCAGAUUCACAUCCAAAUCUCCUGCUAAAGAGAUAAUCUCAAAAAUCGAGGAAGCUGCAAUGCCUCUUGGUUUUGGUGUAAAGAAAAAUAACUACAAGUUGAAGCUUCAAGGUGAAAAAACUGGACGUAAAGGUCAUUUAUCUGUGGCAACAGAGAUUUUUGAGGUGGCCCCUUCACUCUACAUGGUUGAGGUUCGCAAGUCUGGAGGAGAUACUCUAGAAUUUCACAAGUUCUAUAAUAGUCUCACAACUGGGCUGAAAGAUAUUGUUUGGAAAACUGGGGAUGAAGCGGAGGAAAGGAAAGGAGGUGAUGGACCUGAUGGUGUUGUGGCUGCAUCUAAAUGAGGGUUUCCCCGGGUGAAAUUGUUCAGAGUACUCAAUUAUGGACUGUGUCGCCUUUGCUUGACCCUCUCAUUCUCAACCCUAUUGUUGGUUGGAUUAGACAUUGCAAAUAUAUCUGUACAUACUUUCUUCUCCGUAUGAUUGGGUAUUUUUGGUUCACAUCUGUCAAAUUUGUGUGAACACUACUGUACUGUAGCCAAUUAAUUUUCCUUUGGCACCGG